CCCUCGACCCAGAAUGAUGCAAAGCGCCUCCCUCCCGACCGAAGGGGCUGUCAAGGGGCUUCCAGAGAUCCUCGGGGUGCCAAUGCAACAGAUCCCCCAGUGCGCCGGCUGCAACCAGCAUAUUCUGGAUAAGUUCAUCCUGAAAGUCCUCGACCGGCACUGGCACGGCUCUUGCCUCAAGUGUGCAGAUUGCCAAAUGCAGCUGGCAGACCGCUGCUUCUCCAGAGCUGGGAGUGUCUAUUGCAAAGAAGACUUCUUCAAGCGUUUUGGAACAAAAUGCACAGCGUGCCAGCAGGGAAUCCCCCCAACACAGGUGGUCAGGAAAGCCCAGGACUUUGUCUAUCACUUGCACUGCUUUGCCUGCAUCAUCUGCAACCGCCAACUGGCCACAGGUGAUGAGUUCUACCUCAUGGAAGACGGACGCCUGGUGUGCAAGGAGGAUUAUGAGACGGCCAAGCAGAAUGAUGAUACAGAAGCUGGAGCUAAGAGGCCCCGAACCACCAUCACAGCUAAACAGCUGGAAACAUUAAAAAAUGCCUAUAAAAACUCUCCCAAACCUGCCCGACACGUGCGGGAGCAGCUGUCCUCUGAGACUGGACUGGACAUGCGGGUUGUGCAGGUUUGGUUUCAAAACAGAAGGGCCAAAGAGAAACGUCUAAAGAAAGAUGCUGGGAGACACCGCUGGGGCCAAUUCUACAAGAGCGUAAAGAGGAAUCGAGGUGGCAGCAAACAUGAAAAAGAGAGCUCUGCAGAAGACUGUGGUGUCAGUGAUAGUGAGCUGAGUUUCAGAGAAGACCAAAUCCUUUCCGAGCUUGGCCACAACAACAGAAUUUAUAGCAAUGCUGGCGAAGUGGCUGGUGGACAACUAAUGAAUGGUACUUUCUCAAUGGAUGGGACAGGACAAUCCUAUCAGGACCUGAGGGAUGGAAGCCCUUAUGGAAUCCCCCAGUCUCCAGCCUCUAUAUCAUCUCUUCCAUCACACACUCCGUUGCUAAAUGGUCUGGAUUACACGAUGGACAAUAAUUUAGGAAUAAUAGCACAUGGAGGGCAGGGGGUGAGCCAGACACUCAGAGCUAUGGCUGGGGGCCCAACCUCUGAUAUUUCUACUGGAAGCAGUGUUGGUUAUCCAGACUUUCCCACAAGCCCUGCCUCUUGGCUUGAUGAAAUGGAUCACCCUCCUUUUUAAAAUAUCAUUCUACUUGCCAUAUUCCCACUUGCUCUUUUGGCCUGAAAGCAUAUUAGAAACCCAAAUGGGGGACAGCAAUCAAACUUCAAGGAUCACAGAUGUGCCAUCCCAAGAAAAGUUUCCAUUCAUUUUGAAGGGGAAUCUGCUAUUUGUUUCCUGUAGAGCUGAAAGAAAAUAUGGUAUUAAUAUAUAGAUAUAUAUUUGCUUUCUGUUUGAAAAAGUGGGACUGUAAGAGGAGCUGCUUCUGAAUACAGCACAUUGAUGUGUAAAGUAUUUGUAUGACUUUGGGGUGGGGGAGCAGCAGCUGUAGCAAAUGGAAGUUUGUUGACUCUUUCCAUAGACUUCUGCUGUUGAGUAUGACACUAGCACAUACCGAAAUGAUUAGACAGGUAUUUGGCCACAUCAGCUCUCCUGAGGCAUGCCACCGUCCUUCAUAUGCUCAAUUCUGGCAACUAAAAUAUGGAAAUGCAAUUCUUCUGAAGUGAGGCCUCCCAGACUGACUACUAAAGGAACAGAACGUUACUGGGAGUUUACUCUCUCACCUUUCCCACCUUCCCAUUAUUUUUUGCUCUGUCUCCUCAUUCCAUAUUUCCAUAGAUAUGUCACAAAGAGGUAAAUCUUUGCCUCACUCAGGAGUAAAUGUAGGCAGCCACAGGUGCCACUGUUCCUUUACUUAUUUUGCAGACUUCAGAUAUCUGUUCUUCUCCCUCAAGCACAUCAUGAGGGUUGUUGUUGCGGCUGCUUUCCACUCCUUUCCCUUCAUAUUGCUGUCUCAAUCUGCUAGGGUGCAGUAGUAACUCCUAAGCAGAUGCAUUCUUAUCCUACUGAAGUCCAUUCUCACAGGAAGCAACCUCUGGCAGUACUGUUUUUGUCAGCGGAGUUAGCAUUAUCUGGAUAAUGUGCUACAUAAUGGAUAAGAAGAAAAAUUACUAUAAUCAUGGACAGAAUAGUGAAGCCUAUGCCAUGAUUAGUGACAUCAAAAAUGUAUGUGAUCUGGACUGGGUGCUGUAGCGACCAAUAAUUCCAAGGAGAGCAGGUCCGUUUCCUUUAGGCCUUUCUUCUGUCAUGGAACUUGCAAAGAACAGAUAUACAUUCACCCUCCCCGCUAUUGAUCUUGCAGUAGUCUGCAUUGGUUUGGUGAGUGUGCAGAAGGGCAGCAUGAGUUAAAGCCCAAGUGGGGCCUAGAAGCAUUCAAAACUACUCUAUUGUCCCCAGAUGCCAGUUCAUGGCCCAGAGGCUCUGUAUGUAAGUCAAGCACAAGGCAUAUUCCUUCUGCUCAGAAAGGAAAAGAGUAUUAGUUUAUAUGAAAUAGGUUUACAUAGAUGGCCAAUGCCUAUCCCUGAGUGUGAAGUUUAACACUCAGUGUUCAAUGCUUCCCCAGUAUUUCAGACCAUAUUAUAAUAUGGCACCAUUCUAAGCAAUGCGGCCGUUCAUAAUGUCAUCAUUACUAUGCUGCUGCACAAGACUCUGCUCUCAACCUGUGUGUUUCCUCCCACCAGCUUCUGAAGAGAGAGGGAUGCAACAGUAAUCUGAUGAAGCUUCUUUAGGAGAUUAAAAAUGGUUCAAAGGUCACUUACUAAUGAAAGAUUUCUAGGAUAGGUAAAAAAAUAUAAAGGACAAGAGAAAGAAAAAGAUCAUGACAAUCAUGUGAAGCAAAACAUUAGCCAGAAGACAGAGGUGUCAAGGGUUUUCAGAGCUGAUUUGAGAUCAGGAACAUUAAACUUUUUACUGAGACAGCUAUGUGAACAGCAUCUGAUAUUUGUUAGGGAUUCAUCCAUGCUCUAAAGCCUGCAACUCCUAGACAUUGUUCUCAGGCUUGCUAACCUUCCUCUACUAUCUGCAAACUGGAGAAAGAACAUGUGGCCCACCAAGUGUUGUUGGACUGCAGAUCCCAUCAACCCUAGAUAGCAUUGCCAGUGGUGAGAAAUUAUGGGAGAUGUGUCAUGGGGCACCAGGUCCUCAGCCUUGGCUUAAAAGGAGUUGCAAACUGUUUUGAACCUUAUUGUUUUUGCUGUUUUUAAAAAGACUCUGGUGUCUUCUAUGAACUGGUCAGUUCCCAGAUUAAGGCCAGAAAGAAAUUAAGGCUUUACUUGCAUCUCUAGGCAAGUAGAGUGGGCCCUUGUUAUCUGCUGGGGUUUAGUUCCAGGACCCCCGUGGAUACC